UCAUUCAGCUCUGUGCACUGCUGUUGUUUCGUGAGGCUGGAGAGCCGGUGGGAAGCCUGUGAUUGGGGAAAUAAGCACUUGUGUCUACGCCAGCUGCCUCCGAGACAAACUAGAUACAGAGAAGGGACGCUGGUGCUGUGGAUUUUAAGCCGCUCAUAUCAAGAAGAAAUGGAUUUGUGGCACGUGUGAACUUUGGAGAGGCAUGUGUAAACGACAUGAACUGCUCCCAUUUGGCAUCAGCGUCUGCUGGAGGAAGAGAUGUCUCUAAAAUCUGCUGCUUACCUUAACUGUCUCAUGUCGAUCUGCGCCCGAGAGGUCGAAAACUCUGGUGGUACGUUACUAAUCAUUGAGAUGUAAGGUGGUGACACAUGGUUUAUCGCAUGAUUUAACAGGAAACCGAUACAACUCAGAAAGGUUAACCUCAAAACAUCUGUUAUACCUGAUUACACCUGAGACGAGGGGGAAAAUGACUGGCUAGAGGCAGGAUUAAAGGAGUAACCUGUGAUGUCAGACUCCACCUGGGGCAGUCGUUGUACAUUCUGCUGAGUAGUUACAGCUUUGUCAAAGGAGGUUGGGGGCAGCAGACGCAGACUUCAUUUCCAGUAUUCUCAGCUAUCAGACCUGCCAGCACCUCUCCUUCUCUCCCCAUGGAGCCACUAAAAUGACAAGAGAAGUGACACUAAUUAAUGUGACUCCCAGCAGCCUAAGUCUGAUUCCACAGCACUAAAGUAGAAGGCAGAAAGAAAAAGCUUUGUGAACACUUGUGAACUGUCAUCACGUGGAACAAGAGAAGCACCAUGUGGAAUCAGUCGGGAUACUGCAAUCACAUACCUCACCCUGGAUAUCCUUUUUACCAUGCACCAUGCAGUCACAACCAGAGGACCACCACAUUUCGACAUCCUGUGACUGGACAGAUUUCCCCAGAGAACAUGGAUUUUAUCCUGCAGCCGCAGGGUACUCGAAUGAUGUCAAAACCGGCGGGUGAGCAGCUCUCCAGUACCACCGUCAGUGAAGCAUCCACUGCCAUCACCUCUUCCACUGUGGACACUUCAGCCUCCAAGGGCUCCCGGUCCAGUGGCAAGGUGCACAGCUUUGGGAAGAGAGAGCAGUCCAUCAAGAGGAAUCCCAAUGUCCCUGUGGUGGUCCGCGGAUGGCUGUACAAACAGGACAGCUCUGGGAUGCGUCUUUGGAAGAGGAAAUGGUUUGUCUUGGCUGAUUUCUGUCUGUUUUACUACAAAGACAGCAGAGAGGAGUCAGUCCUGGGCAGUAUUCCUCUGCCCAGCUAUGUCAUUUCACCAGUGGGACUCGAGGAUCACAUCAACCGCAAGUAUGCCUUUAAGGCUAGCCACACUGGUAUGCGCUCGUACAUUUACAAGCAGACCUCUGUGAUUGGCUCGCAGGCAGAGCACACUGGGAUGCGAACCUAUUACUUCAGUGCCGACACCCAAGAAGACAUGAACACCUGGCUUAGUGCCAUGAACCAGGCCGCGCGGAUGCAGAACCACAGCGAUGCGAUGAUCAGACCAGCUGAUCAGUUUGAGAAGUUGUCGCAGCAGGCUGUCCCACAGACAAACCAUGUAAGCCACCAAAAGACCAAGACUUCUGAUUCUGAGACAACAAGACAGAUGAUUCAUGAGGUUCUCCUGGAGCCCAUACACCGUGACACAGAGGAACGUUGCAGCUUUCACAAAGACUCUCCUGCCACCAUCAUGUUGGAUCCCCCCAUAGGAAGCACUGGCCUAGAAAUGGACACGCACACUUCCCUCCCAUCUAAUCCCGCACCCUCUGCCGUACCACAGCCAGAUCACAUUUCGGCUUCAGCACCUGUGUCCAGGGUGCCGUCCCGUGCUCCGUCACGAGCCGCUUCGACUUUGCCCUCCAGCAUUUGCACAAGAAAUGGCCUCGUCUCCACACCCAGCCCCAUACUGGAACCCAACGGCAUCGCAGCAGGGACGUAUCAAAGGGCCCCAGAGCCACCUGCUAAUAACACACAAAAGCACGUUCAGAGGAGAAGUACCCUUGAACAGGUGGAGCAGUGGGUCAAAGUACAGAAGGCUGAGUACAAAGGUCCCCCAUCCAGAGAGAACACCCUCCCUCGUCGCACACCACCAACACAACACAAGUACACCUCCAUGGACGCCUACCAAACCCUGCCAAAAACUCCUCGCCAAAGUCCCCCACCUGGCCGACUCGGCGAGUACAAGUACGCCCAGGACCGCCUGAGUCACUUCCGCCUGACCCCAGAUCAGGGGGGCCCGGCGUCCAACACUGUCUGGCAACUGUAUGAGUGGCAGCAGCGCCACCAGUACCGUCACGGCAGCCCUACCGCACCACUUUACACCCCGGCCCCAGAGUAUCCAUUUGGCCCCCGCCCACCAUCUACUGUGCCUCCCUCCUCUUCAGCACCUAGGUCAGAGGGCGCUCCUCGCUGUGUCUCAGUACCACCAUCAUCUGCAGACAUCCCUCCACCAGGCCCUCCUCCUGGCAUCAGCCGAACCCUGUCCCCCGCACGGAGGCCACACACGCCGGCUGAGCGGGUGACAGUCAAGCCUGUGAGUGAUAUAUCCGUGUUGAACAUCCCCUUCACUGUUUCCCCUCGUAGGACCAAAUCUCAGCUGUUUAAGGCUGCUACUGUUGAGAGACGAUCAAUGCCUCCAUCCAGCUACAUCACUCACACAGUCAGUGCACCCAGCCUUCAUGGCAAAACGGCUGAUGACACCUAUAUGCAGCUGAAGAAGGACUUGGAGUAUCUGGACCUAAAGGUAGCUGGAAAUCAGGCACUGAAGGAGUCAGGAAAACCUGUCAAGGUUGCAGAAAGUGAUGUGGAUGUGAAGUUGAGUCGGUUAUGUGAACAGGACAACAUACUAAAGGAUCUGGAGGCGAGGAUCAGCUCCCUGAAGGACGACAAGGACAAGCUGGAGAGUGUAUUAGAUUUGUCCCAUCAGCAGAUGGAGAAGUACCAGGAACAACCAGCUCAUGCCCACAAAAUCGCCUACCAGCAGAGGCUGCUGCAGGAAGAUCUGGUGACCAUCAGGGCGCAAAUAUCCCGCAUUUCCACGGAGAUGGCACAUGCCUGGGAGGAGUACAGCAGGCUUGAGAAUUCAGUAGAGCAGUUGAGGCUAGCACUGCAGGCACAAAUGAACCACAGCUCCACCUCUCAGCAAGAGAAAGCUGAGAUGAAGCGCGAGCUGUGGAGGAUUGAAGAUGUGAUGGCCGGACUGAGUGCCAGCAAAGCCAACUACAAGAUUACCAUCGACUCUGUACAGAACCCAGAGAGGAAAUUAGUGCCUUCAGUGUCAGAACCAGCAGUGCCUUCUCCCAGUGCAGAGAUCCUGCCUCCUCCUCGCAGCUCCAUCCCAAACAUCCACUCUUAUACUUUGCCUCACAGCACCGUGCCAAAGUGGGCAGAGGACAGUGCCCCACCCAGGCCACCACUGCCUCGCCAGUACGACUAUGAGGAUAUACCGCCUGUGGUUCCGCCCCUCCCCAAAGAGGCCUCAGUUAUCCGCCACACAUCGGUGCGUGGGCUGAAGCGCCAGUCAGAUGAGAGGAAGAGGGACAGAGAAAGUGGGCAAUAUGUUGUCAAUGGAGACUAUAAGACUGACUUGCGUUCAUACCUGAGUGAACCAGAGCUGCCAGGAGUAAACCACCACAACAUUGGGUCUGACACUGACUAUCAGUAUUUCUCAAGUAAAGGCUCCUCAUCUCGACAGAACCAGUCCAACUCCAUCUCAUCCUACGUCACCCUAAGGAGAGGACCUGGGAGCUCUGCAGCAAAGGAAAGACCUAAGAGUGCCUUGGAGUGUCUGUCAUCAACUUCCGAAGUCCUGCAGCCCUCGAGCAGCCAGCCCCGAGGCCGAAUGACUGCGGAGGAGCAGCUGGAACGAAUGAAGCGCCAUCAGAAAGCGUUAGUUCGGGAGCGCAAGAGGAACCUCAGCCAGGGCGAGCGUUCCAGCACGGGCCUGUCUGCCUCCAGCGUCACCGCCCAACGCUCGUCGUCCUCCUCAAGGCUGCCCUCGAGCACCUCCGACCCUCCAGCCUCCGUGUUUGACUGGCAGGAGGAGCGACCUGUGGCAGAAGGUCAAAGCGAUGAAGGGUGGAAUCCAGUCAGAGAGAGGGGCAGGAUCCAGUCAGAUGAGUGGGUGACAGUAACAGCUACACGCAUAAGAGAGGUGGAUGUGGAACCUCUCGACUAUGACCUGGAUAUCAGCCGAGAGCUGUCCAAACCAGAAAAAGUUCUCAUCCCUGAGCGCUACAUUGAGUCUGACACCGACGAGCCUCUUAGUCCAGAGGAGCUGGAGGAACGUGCCCGUCGCGCUGAGCGAAUCAAGACCCUGCUGGCCAAAUCCAGUGUCCAGAACAUACAGCCAUCUGCACCGCUGGACUUCACUGAGCUGGAUUCAGCUCUGCAGCAGCAGGAGAGGAUCAUGAAUGUGUCCCAGCUGCUGGCUUCAGAGGCCUCACGCAAGAGCAAGCUUGUUGCAGGGACUGAAAGACUGGAGAGCUGCAAGAGCUACUGCAGACCACUGAUCCACAGGAACGACCGGUGCAACAAAACGGAGUCUUUGUGAAAGGAGCUUGAACUGGAAGGAUCUAAUCAUUGGAAAUGGACUGAUUUACAUAUAACAAAUUUUUUUAAUGAUUGAGGACUAAACACAUUUUUUCAAGAGUUUUUCAUUCAUAUUUCUGAAGUGGUAUCAGGUUUUCUUGCUUCUGCAAUUACACUGCACAUUUAAGUAAUUAUUUUUAACACAAGUGACUUGCUUUUUUAAAAUCUACAUUUACUUACCUGUACUGUUGAAAAGUGACAUGAAAUGAAGUUUUAGCUGGAUUUCAGUUUUAAAUUGCAGCGAGAUAAUUUUGACCAUUAUUUAUUGCAACUUUUAGCUUCACGGGCUUCGUAUACUUUCCCAGCACUGUCACUCGAUGAUCCAGAACCCGUCAGUCAUCACAAAAGCAUUAAAAAAUAAUACAGUUUAACAUAUUAAAAGAAGUUAUUACAAAAAUAAAUAUUAAGAUUGAA